AUGAAGCUCGUUGCCGACCUGUCUCACUGUAGAGGUGAGCGCGCAGAGGAUCAAUUCAGCGGCGGCCUUUUUGCCACAAUCCUGCUUGUUGCAAUUAUCGCACUCGCAGAUGCAGCUUUGAAUCUUAGCGACGAGUUGCCCCUUCUGCAGCGCGACAUCCUUUACACGCUUGACUGUUUGUUUUGUGCCACUAUACAGUUCUUCAUCAAGCGCGUUGGCGAGCCCAUUGCAAAGCUGUUGGACAGCUUUUAUAUUUUCAGUAAUGCUGCCGCUGACGAUAUUAACAUUUUGGAAAGCGUCUGUGGCUAUACCAAUAACAUCUGUUUUAAGCUUCUCUUUCAUUCCAAUUGCGAAGUCCUCGAUAUUACCGUCCUUCCUCGUCUCAUCAAACUCCUGCUUCAUAUUGAGUAUCCUCCGCACGGUGCCGUUGUACCUCAAGAUUGUGGCUUCCAGCCAGCCCUUCACGAUAUCCGCGAAUCUAUCUCCACUAAAGGCCUGCGCAUAAUUAUGCACCUUACUCUUAAUACCAUCCAGGCCUGA